UCUGUAGGUCCAUACAAUGCAAGUGAAUGGUGACCAGACCUUUCAAGCUCCAAACACCACAUAAAGGCAGCAUAAAAGUAAUCCAUAUGACUCCAGUGGUUAAAUCUAUGUCUUCAGAAGCGAUAUCAUAGGUAUGGGUGAGAAACAGGUCAAUAUUUAAGUCCUUUUUUUUUUUUUUUUACUAAUCUCUACUUUCACAUUCUGAAAGUGAACGUGGAGAUUUAUAGUAAAAAAGGAUUGAAAUAUUGAGCUGUUUCUCACCCAAAGUGAUUGCAUCUCUUCAUAAGACAUAUAUUACUGCAAUCGUAUUUAUUUUUUUAUUUUUUGCUGAUUUUGUGAUUUUUGGAGCUUGAAAGGUCUGGUCACCAUUCACUUGCAUUGAAAGGACCUACAGAGCUGAGAUAUUCUUCUAAAAAUCUUCAUUUGAAUUCAGCAGUAAAAAGAAAGUCAUACACAUCUGGGAUGGCAUAAGGGUAAGUAAAUGAUGAGAGAAUUUUCAUUUUUGGGUGAACUAUCCCUUUAAUACUACUGUAAACUAUUAAGACUGUACUGAUACUGUAAUCAUUUUAAAUAUACUGUAUAUUAGGUGAAAUGCACUUUGUUAUAUCUUCGGUAUCUAUGUAUAAAAAAAAGAAACCAUAUGAGAAACAACUUUGCUUGUCUGCUUCUUAAACAUUAUAGCUGAAAGAAUAAACAGGAACAUUUAUAAUCUGCAUUUAAUACACUGUUAAAUACAUUUUAAUACAGGAGUGUGGAGUUGACGUGUCUGAGUUUCUUAAUGUACAAAAUUUUGCCCUGAUUUUUCAACUACGGCUAAUGCUUCACUUCUGACUGUUUUGAAUAGACAUCAUUUCGAGUAACGCCAUAUUUGAUUUUUGAUGGGAAUGAAAACUAGGCCGUGAGGGAUAGGCUUACAAUCUGUUCAGUGGCAUGCAUUGUAUAAAGCAGUACAAAUAUCCAGAUCAGAUCUAAUUUUCACAACUUGUUUUUUUCUGGAGUUUUUGUCUACUGACAUAUUUUUGGAAAGAUGUUUUUUCAAUGUUUUGCCAGCUGAACGAUUAACACCAAUUUAUACAACAGCACAACCCAUUGAAGAGACUAAGUCUAUCCCUCACAGUCUCGUUUUCAUUCCCGCUACUUUGAAUAAGGUCCAUGCUCUGCUCAAAUGAUAUUAGGCAGUUAAUUUACUGUAAAUGUACUAAGUUAUGUCAAGUUUUCUUUAGGGGUGCAGAUGUGUGCUUUGCAUAGCCAGUAUGCUCUUAAACUGCACUUGAUGCUUUUGGAGCCUUUUCAGGAUGUUAAUGGUUUUAAAUAGUCACGUUUUAAAUUGCCCUGAAAGUGAAGAAUAGGCUUGCUGUGAUGACAUCUGCACUAAUGCAAGAGCCCACCUAAACCCACUAGAAACCCAUUGCACAAUAUAAUAAAGUAGGCAAGCAGCACAGCAAUUAUCUUGUCAAUUUAUAAGUCAGUUUAUCAGCAUGUCAGUGCAUCAAUCAACCCUGCCACUGGCUGUAAAAGCAUCCAUGAAAGUGAUGUGCCACAGGUGUGUCUCAACAUCAUCCACAGGUAAGGACCACAGCCAUGGUCUUGUGAUAAAUGCCAUAAUCCAAUAACCAUUACAUUGUUCAACUUUGCAAGAUCAGCCCACCCUGCUCCCAUUGGUGGAUCUGCAGUAUGCAAUAUGUAAAUUAGAAAACGUCACUUCCUGUCUUCCUGUGCGCCAUGUUUUUCAGUAGGAGUGGGAUGAUGUUUUACUGAGGGACAAUCAAAAGUGGGCAAAUCUUGUGCUUGGUUCAAAUUUCAACAGACGAUCACCAAUGCGAUAAGGAACGCGGAUUGAGCGCAACUCGGAUGCCUCAUACUCUGAAGUAGUCGAUUCCAUACUGCGCGCCUUCCAGUGACGCCGGAAGAAAACGGACGCACGCAGACAUCCAUCCACUCAAUCGGAAAUUCUGUGCCAGAACACUGAAGGACCAGCAAAAUGUAUCAGAUUCCAGUGAAGAACCUGGCAAAACUCAGACGACCGAGGAAACGCGUCAAAAGUAUUUUGUGUGACAUUGGGAUGCAGCAAUGUCAAGACCUAAUAGAGACAUACAAAGGCUUUGAUGCUGGUGAUGCAAGUUUUAACAACACAGAAUGGGAUGAUUUCACUGAUGGUCAUGUUGGCAAAUGGAAAAGAAAGUAUCCAUACCGGAGCCAGACACUGUGUUGUAGUCUAUGUUGGCACUCCAGCCGGUCAGUAGCCACAUUCAGAAGUCAUAUUCAUCGCUACCACAGGGAGAAGCUGGACCUGGCCAGUCUGUUAAUGUGCCCCUACUGCCCAUUUGUUAGCUCUCCAAAAGUCACAGAGCAACACAUUAGGUUUUUCCACAUCCUGUCUUCAAAAGCUAAGCCCACAUUUUUUCAAAACAUCACCAGCCACACUUUGGCCCAUGCACCAAAAACUGUGUCAGUUACUGUCUCUGCCGAUGCUGCCGAUGACAGAUAUAUCUGUGCAACCUGUGGGUAUCAUGACUCUUUAAUAUAUGUAAUGAAAAAACACGUCUUGGUAAACCACUAUGCUGCAUUGUUGGAUCGUUACUUUGGAUUUGGGUCAGAUAUUACACAGAAGGGUGAUGGUGAGCAAAAACGUGAUGGCACUGCUGCAAAAUAUCACUGCAAAGUGUGCAAACUGCCAGCAGAGACAAUCGAGCAUCUACUCUAUCAUAUUUUGAGUUCAGAGAAGCACAAGGACCUGCACUGGCAGAUAAUGCCUUCUAUCAUUGAAAAAGACUGUGCAAACCAAAUUGUUGGUCAACAGAAUCUGCUAAGCCUUGCACCAAAAGCAAUGCAGCAGGUCACGUUGCUUGCCAGACCAAACUAUAUGCAGCAGCAGACACAGCAAACAGAUGGAAACGGUGUCAACAAGUCUAAUGGUGCGGUACUUCUAGCUGGGCCGAGCAACGCUGCUUUGUUUUGCUCUCCUGGUUCAGGACAGAUGUUUCUGUCCCCACAAACACAAGCUUUACUUUCAGGCACAGCUGUUACUACGCAUCAGCAGUCCCCCACUGGGAUCCCCCAAGUCAUGCCUACCUCACCAGUAGUGAAGUCUAUUAAUAUGGUGGUGCCAAACAUGCCACAAAGUGCACCCAAAACAGUACCCAUUACCAUGACCGUGCCCAGGCUACCACAAGGUCAGCAACCACAGCAGGUUCUUUUUCCACCCGCUGUUCAGGUCAAUCUCCCUGGCGAAAUGGGUGUACGUCCACCCUUCCUUGUUACUCAAGGUCUUCAGCUGAAUCAAUCAGUUCCCAGAGCUCCUCUCUUAGCCUCACAGUCUGUGCGUCUCAUUCCCACAGGCAACAAAGUAAACGGUGUUCCGACCUACACUCUAGCACCUGUUCAAGUCACUAUGCCUGUCCAGGGCAGUCCUGCUCAAAUGGUUUUGACACAAAACACUCCUCAGAUCAACCAGCCUACAAAUACAGCAGUAGUGCCUGCUGGUCUUAUGCCUACAAUUCAGAGGGCAAUAAACAAAAAUAGUAUACCAAACGAGUUGGCUGUGCUUGCUCCAUUUUUGAAGAAACACGAUGAUCGCACUGUCAAGUGUCUGAGGUGCAAGAUUUUCCUGAGAGAGCAGGGGAUUUUUCAGCAUUUGUUGCAUGGCUUGAAGUGUCUGUUCUGCCCUCUGAUGUUCUACUCUUUCAAGCAAGUCAUGGAGCACACAAAUACAGAGCACAGUCUCAAAAUCAAGGAAAACCGCAAUUUCAUAAAAGAACAGUUUAAUCUCGACUGUGACAAUAAGGGCAACCUGAUGUUUACUACCUUUAAUCUAAACACAGAUGUGCCCAAGGAUCUCCUUGAAAACAGAGAGCUCAACCUUGCACUGGUCACCAGCUCUCAAGAUAAAAUAUACAUAAAAAUGUAUCCAGAUAAGGCAGAACACCCAACCACAAUGAAGGCAACAUCUACCAAAUGUCCAUUUUGUCCAGUCAAGUUUGAGACCUCUGAAGAAUACGAGCAGCAUCUUCACGCAAAACACCACAUCGUUCCCACCAUUCACGCAAUAUUGAAAACUCCUGCCUUCAAAUGCUUAUAUUGUUUUGGGGUGUAUUCUGAAAAAUCCACACCAAAAACAAUUUCCAUCCAUGUACAACGGUGUCGCUGUGCUCCCCAAGCAGUCAAGGAUGCAGAGAGGCAACUGAAUCCAGAUAUAUUAGGACACACUGAUGGUGAUGUCAAUAAUUCUGCUCUGGUGGGAAAUUCUUCAGAAGUUGCAAAGGAAUUUGUCAAGCCAAAGAAAGUGGUAAUUGCUGAGAAAAGCAGAAAAAAGGAUUCGAGAGUUUUAAAGGCAGAAGUCCCUCAGACUCCAGUCCAGCUGGUCUUGGAUCCAGCAGGGAUGGAGUUGACAUCUUUUGAGAGCAGAAAAGAAUUCCUUUCAAGGUACUUUCACCUCAAGCCAUACUUAACAAAAAAUGAAACUGAAAUGCUUGCUUCCCGUUUGUAUAUAAACAAAGGUGAUGUAAAGGCUCACUUUAAUUCCAAGAUCACCAAGUGCUUGAAAGCAAUUCAGAAGAAAAAGGUUCAUGUGCGUCUUGGGUUCAGAAUGAACGAUGUUAACAAGUUGAAACAUAAUCUCUUCUUUCCAGAGGUGGAGCCUGUAAAAAAAAUUGCAUAAAUGUGUUUACUAGAUGAAAUAUGUUUGUACACAGCAUGUUCAGACUAGGAUGUUUAUUUAAAAUGACUUGAUUUCCACAUUUACGAGAUGAUUUCCUCUUGGCAUUUGUCUGUUUGGAAAAAGGGGAAACUACAGAAAUGCAGAAAGUAAUUUGAUCACCAACCUUGAACUCUACACUCUACAUUUUUGUUGUAUAUAGUUCAUGUGACAACGAUGUUGAAAUGUUUUUGUACACAUCUAUACUGUAAGAAAAAAACACUCAGUUCUGCAUUUUAUAUUGAAGUGUUGAAGUCAUAUAUGUUUCUUUGCUUGGGACAUUUAAUAUAAAUUUGGGUAAAUCUGUAGUGAAAUCUGCAUCUUACGUUUUAUAUUAGGACUGUAAAGAAAGUGAAGGCUUGGUAAACUAUCACUACUAACUUGCAAACUUGUCAGCAUUGUAAUAGCCGUAUCACUGAGAGAGACACUUUAUAGUGUUUGUAUGUUCAUUCUUUCAUUCUUUACGCUGUAAUCAUUUCAGAGAUGUGAAAAAGAUAAGUGCCUCCGUGUCCUAGAAGGUUUGCAGUUGUAUUUGACCCUCGAAAUAAACGUUUUAUUUGCGAUUUAACACA